ACGGUAACAAAAAAAAUAUAACCACAAUUUCCUAUAAAUACCUCACCUCCUAAUUUACCUCUCACACCAAAAAAAUCAUCUUUCUUCCUCAAAAUUUUUUGUUCCUUCUCCUCAUAGCUUUCAUACUCUACAAUUUUUUGAUUCCAAUAUGAGUGUACGAGGCAAUACGAUUGUCCAACCCGUAGGAAAUCCAAGUAUUGACGGGACACGUUGGCAGACUAUUGAAGACAUUCAAUUGUGCAAGUCUUGGAAGGCUGUUAGCCAAGAUCCGGCAAUCGGUACGGAUCGAAGAAAAGAUGAUCUAUGGAUAGAGGUACGCCAACACUAUGCCGAACAUUGGGAUGGAUAUGUCCGAACAUUGCAAGCUUUUCAAGGGAGGUGGAAAACCUUGAAAGUCGAACUUUAUGCUUGGCAUUGUGCGUUAAGGCAAGCGAAAUUGUGGUACAAGAGUGGUGCGAAUAUGAUUGAUGAGGUACGUCAAGCACAAGAUUUGUGGAGAGCUGCGAUGACCAAAUCGAAAGGAAAACCAAAAAAAGGUGAUUUCAUUAGUUUAGAAUGUUACGAGAUUGUUAAGGGGUUUCAACAAUUUGAUGACAUUCCAAACCAUUCCUCUUCGGCUGGAGGAACCUUCAGGGGAGGAACUGAACCGAUGCACACACAACAAUCCGUUCCUGAUUCUCAUGUCCAGUUGGACAUAGAUGCAGAUGAGGUAAACGCCGAUGCAACUCCCAAUCCUUCGGUGAGGCCUCAAGGAAAGAAGGCUGCCAAAGAAGCUCUUCGGAAAGGAAAGAAAGCAUCUAAUGAUUCCAGUCCUCUGACAGCCGCUGUGGAGACUAUAGCAACCAACCAAACAUCAAUGCUGUCUGCCAAGGAGAAACGUGAUGAGGAAUAUGCUCGACAUCUCCGUGACCAACAACAACGAGAUUAUAUACGCUUGCAAUUGGAUAUUCAAGAUCAACAAUUCAAAAAUCAAGAGAGGGAAGAGCGUAUUAUGGAGAUGGACACAAGUAAGAUGACGCCAACCAAAAAGAAUUACUGGCAAAGAAAACAAAAAAAAAUUGCGGAGAAAGAAGCUGAAGAUGCAACCCGUGGAUCUGGCUUCCCACAACCACCAUUCACCGGUGGAUAUUAUCCACAACCUCCUUUCCCCGGUGGCUAUCCACAACCUCCUUUCCCCGGUGGGUAUUAUCCACAACCUCCUUUCCCCGGUGGCUUCCCACAACCACCAUUCACCGGUGGUGUCCAUUCCCCACCUUUCUCUUCGGGUGAAUCCACCAACCCCAACCAUAUGGAUGACCCCACAAACACAAAUUGGAUUCCUAAUGAAGAUGAGGAUUAGGAAAAUUAGGGAGUUAUAUAUUUUAAAUAAUUGUAUUGUUAUGAUUCCAAUGCUUGGUUUUUCACUUAUGUAAUAUUAGAUUGAUGA